AUGAAGAAAUCUGGACAAGUGCAACUAACAACACCAUGAAACUCUACAGCAUCAAUCAGGGAUCACUACUCAAGUCAAUCACAACCAAGUCAGGGAAAUGGCCAGAGGACAUAACAGUGAUGCAAAGUGGAGAUCUAGUUUACACUGAUUACUAUGAUAGAACUGUGAACAUUGUGAAGAAUGAGAAGAUAGAUGAGGUGAUCAAACUACAGCACUGGAGACCUUUUGGUAUCUGUAGUACCUCCUCUGGUGACCUCCUGGUUAUCAUGUACAGUGAUUAUUACAAACAAACAAGAGUUGUCCGUUACUCUGGCUCCACAGAGAAACAAACCAUUCAGUUUGAUGAUAAAGGUAAACCUCUCUAUUCAUCUGGUGGAUACAUAACUGAAAAUAGGAACCUGGAUAUCUGCGUGUCUAACAGUAGAGCUAAAGCAGUAGUGGUGGUCAAUCAGGCCGGGAAACUGAGAUUCAGGUACACUGGACAUACUCCUGCUCCAAAGAACCAACCAUUCUGUCCACAAGGAAUCACCACAGACAGUCAGAGUCACAUCCUUACAGCAGAUUAUAACAAUAAGCGUGUCCACAUCAUAGACCAGGAUGGACAGUUCCUCCGUUACAUAGAUGUGGAGUGAAUGGACCCCGGGGACUAUGUAUAGAUACAAAUGACAAUCUGUUUGUUGCUCUACAUAGAAACAAACAAGU